GGCCGCCUGACUUUACUUCGACUACCUGCCAUACUGCACCUUGGCCUUGCUCCUGUCAACCUCCCUAUUCAAGGCGAACCCCACGGCGAACUAGCGAAAUCGAGCUCGACACAAGCCCACUCAACUGCGACGACCCUGGAAUAUUUCCUGCCAACUACACCGUGCACCCAUACAGCAUUUAGUCGAGUCCGAUUUCGAGUUUCCAAACAUGGGCAACACUACCAGUACGGUGUUGGACAACAUCGUCCAGGGGUCCAACUUCGACAGAGAGGAAGUUGACCGUCUGAGGAAACGUUUCAUGAAGCUGGACAAGGACAACUCCGGCACAAUCGAGCGUGAUGAAUUCCUCAGCCUGCCCCAGAUCUCCUCCAACCCGCUAGCCACGAGAAUGAUUGCGAUCUUUGACGAGGAUGGUGGCGGAGACGUCGACUUCCAGGAAUUCGUAUCAGGCCUCAGCGCCUUUUCUAGCAAAGGCAACAAGGAGCAAAAGCUGCGCUUCGCCUUCAAGGUGUACGAUAUCGAUCGCGACGGUUACAUCAGCAAUGGCGAGCUCUUUAUCGUGCUCAAGAUGAUGGUUGGAAGCAACCUUAAGGACCAGCAGCUGCAGCAGAUCGUCGACAAGACCAUCAUGGAGGCCGACUUAGAUAAGGACGGCAAGAUCAGCUUCGAGGAGUUCACCAAGAUGGUGGAGAACACGGAUGUCAGCAUGAGCAUGACUUUGGACACAUUUUAGAGUUGAAGACGGCGGUGAGCGAGCACAUCAGGAUCACGAGACAUGAAUUGCAACAAUCACUAUUCGAGCGUUUCUUCGUCUAUUACGUUCAACUAUGCUAGUCCAUCGAAACGUGAUGACACCCGGUGCUUUUGAUGUUUCGACAAGGCUUGUGAACAAGACACAAAGG